AUGGCGAGCGACAACGAAGACGACGAUGAGGAUGACGACGACAGCGACCCCGGCACCGUCCCCGACUUCCGCAAACGCCUCCGCCGACAGCGCGACAAGGACCGCGCCGCCGCUAACGGUAGCACGGCCGUUGCCGCCACCGCCGGCGACUCUACUACAGCGGCGGUGAGAGAGGAGGAGGAAGGGCAAUCGGCGGCGAUGGAGUUUGCCUCCGACGGCACCUACCGCAACAAGCAGAGGGUGUUGCUGUUCUCGUCCCGCGGCAUCACGUCUCGCUUCAGGCACCUCCUGGGAGACCUCCGGAAGCUCAUCCCCCACCACAAGAAGGACGUGAAGCUGGACGUCGGCCGCGACGAGAGCCUGUCGAGUGCCGUUAACGAGAUCGCCGAGAUCAAGAGCUGCAACUCGUGUGUCUUCCUGGAGUGCCGCAAGAAGACCGACCUGUACCUCUGGGCGGGGAAGACUCCGACCGGCCCCUCGGCAAAGUUCCACGUGCUGAACGUGCACACCAUGGACGAGCUCAAGCUGACCGGCAACAGCAUGCUCGGGUCGAGGCCCCUCCUCAACUUCGACGCCAAGUUCGACCAGACUCCCCACUGGCGGGUGGUGAAGGGGAUCCUGAAGGACAUUUUCAACACCCCUAGGGGACACCCCAAGAGCAAGCCGUUCAUCGACAGGGUCAUGUCCUUCUUCGUGGCGGAUGGCAAGGUCUGGGUCCGAAAUUACCAGAUCGUGGACAAGGGUGAUGGUUCUACCACGGGACUGAAACCCUUCGGGGGCCCCACGCUGUACAACAACGCGGCGUACGUGUCGCCCAACGACGUCAGGUCGGCGAGGAAGAGGAAGGCCGGGACGAAGUUCGAGGAUCGGCAGGAAGCGAAGAAGGUCGUUCGGGGGAAGAAGGCCGAGCCCGCAGUGCCCCGGGGUCCCCUGGACGACCUGUUUUCGGGAUAA